AUGAUAAUUACAACGUGGAUUGUGUACAUUCUUUCCCGGGAAGGUGUCGGGUUCCCCUUUCCACCAAAAACCAGUUCGGACGUUGAAGUUAUGGAAACUGAACCUUUGUCUGUAGUAGAGCAUUGGCUGAAAAAAACUGAAGAAGAGGCUUCUCAGGAUAUAAAGGAGAAGACAUCUGCUAACCUUCCUCCUAUCCAUGGCCAAGAUGUACAUGUGUCCAGAGAUGUGGUGAAGCACCAGCCCUCAAAGUCUGCUUUGUUAGCAAACCAGAGUCAAGAUGUCUUGGAGGAAAGAACAAGAAUCCAGUUCAUAAGAUGGAGCCAUACCCGUGUCUUCCAAGUGCCAAGCGAGGUGAGAAGUGAUGUUAUGCGUGAUCGGAUAGAGCAGGUGAGACGAAGCUUAUCCCAUUUAACAAAUGGAUCAUCUCAGGAGCUUCAUGACAGAAAAUCCUACUCAGACUGUUGA